AUGGCCAUAGAAACAAUUUUCCCAGUAUCCACUGACGGGAAGUGGGACGAUCUAUGUGUCGAUAUUGUUGCAGUUCAUGGGCUAGAUGAAGAUGGAAGGACGGCUUGGAUCCAUCCCAGCAAUGGGUGUUUUUGGUUGCGCGACCUGCUCCCUAACGAAGGGUUCAAAGCUCGUAUCUUCACUAUAAAUUACAAAGCCGAUGCUACCUCGUUCUUCAGUAGCAGUUCGGCCGAUCGGAUAUCGCACCAUGCUCAAACUUUGGUGGAAGAGCUUAAUGCCGAGAGAGAGCAUGAUGAUUCCAUACAGCGACCGAUAAUUUUUCUGUGCCAUGGUCUUGGUGGCUUGAUUGUCAAGAAAGCCCUUAUUUACGCCUCUACUUGCACUUCUGCGAAGAUGACGCACCUGUAUUCUGUGUUUACUUCUACUUUCGGCUUGAUAUUCUUUGGCACUCCUCAUGAAGGGAUAGAGAAGGCCAGAUGGUCCCUCCUAGCAAAAGGGUUGAAGGGUGUUCUCAAGGAUCGAAGCCAUCUCAUCGCAUCUAUGGAGAAGAGAUCGGAGACUCUCCAGACCAUCUCCGAGCAAUUCUCUCCUCUUCUGAAGAACUUCUAUGUUCACAACUUUUGGGAAACACUUGAGACAUCGAGGUCCAUUGGCUCAGGACACAUUGUCAGUUACUCUUCAGCGGCCCCGCCAUGGGAUGAUACCGGGCGCUCCGGACUUCCUGCAACCCAUUCACAGAUGUGCAAAUUUGGUGACCGCGAGCAACCUGGCUACAAGUUGACAUGUGGGAUCAUCCACAGGUUUAUCAAACUAGCUGGCCCAUUGAUAGCUUCGCGACACCGGGAAUCCCAUUCCUUUCUUGCUGCGCGAAGGGGACAUGAAGCCACGGAGAUUCUGGCGUUCGACAUACAUCACGACAACAAACCUGUCAAGUUCACACUUCAGCCCGCCUCAGACUCUCAGAAUCAACAUUUUAUCGUCCCACUCGCCGUAAGCGACAAUUACACAGGAAGAGAGGGGCUUGCCCAAUCACUCCAAGAAAAGCUACUGGCGCCAACUAUACGUCAAAAGCGCUUUGUGUUGUACGGUAUGGGGGGAUCUGGAAAGACUCAGUUCUGCUUGAAAUUCGCUUCAGAUAAUCGAGACAAUUUCUGGGGGGUAUUUUGGAUUGAUGCAAGUAGCCCAAAAGCUGCUGAGCAGGCUUUUUCGGGUCUUGCCCGUAUUGGCAAAGUGGAGGAAAAGUUGGAGUCCGGCCUUUACUGGUUGUCAACGCAGGAUAGGCCUUGGCUACUGGUCAUUGACAAUGCAGAUGAUGCAGAGUUUGACUACUCCAGAUACUUUCCUUUGGGUGCUAAGGGGCAUAUUUUAGUAACUUCUCGAAACCCUGACUGCAGAGUUCAUGCAACAGUUGGGUUUGAGGAGUUUACAAACCUUGAGGAGGAAGAUUCGAUAACUCUACUUCUCAGGUCCGCCAUCGUCAGUGACCUUCAUGAUGUGAACACAAGAGCCACCGCUCGUCCCAUUGUGCAAGCCUUGGGUUGUCUACCACUCGCUUUGAUACAGGCUGGUGCAUCCAUUCGCCAGAACAUAUGUUCCUUGGAGGACUACCUAGAUGUUUUCAAUUCCUAUAAGAAGAAGCUCUUCCUCAAUGGGAUCCAGCAAGGUCAAGGCUCAUAUGCACAUACGGUUUUCACAACAUUCGAAGUCUCCUACAACAAGAUACGAAGCCUCACAACAGAUGAGGCGAAGGAUGCCAUCGAGAUGCUUCACGUCAUGGCAUUCCUCCACUUUGAUCAAAUACCAGGCACGCUUUUCGAGAAGGCCUGGGAAAAUCUUUUAGCCAUGGAGAGCUCGAUACUGUCAGCGGCCUCGCUGACAGGAUCUCAAAAAUUCCGGGAGAUUUAG